AUGAUCGUAGAAAGUCAUUUAUCAAGUACUGACAGUUCUACAACUACCGAUGAUAGUUGGAGCGAAUGGAGUAGCAUGUCAUCUGAUGACGAUACAAUUUAUGACGACAAUAAUAGAGAUGUAUUAAUAUUCCCUCUAUUAAGGUAUUUGACAACUGGAAACAAACGAAACCGAGUUGAAGACUAUUUAUUAGUAGUUGAGUCUUGGUCAGAUAUGGAGUUCAAAGAACAUUUUCGAUUAUCACGGAGGAUUGCAUUACAACUUAUAGAUGAAUUGGAUACUUCAGAUUUCAUACCAAAAAAUAAUUUUGGUAAAUUACCUAUUGCUGGAAAAUUGAGUUUUUAUAUAUUUCUAUGGUUCAUGUCUAAUACAGAACCUCUGAGGACAAUCUCUGAUAGAUUUGAUGUUUCGAUAUCGUCAGUAUUUCGAGUUAUACGUCGAGUGCUUUCAUCGAUUUUAACUAAAUUAAAUGCAAUUGUUAAAUGGCCUGAAACUAACAAUGAAAUUCUUGCUGUAUGUAAUGGUUUUUAUGGUAAACAACAGAUCCCUAAUAUUUUUGGAGCAAUUGACUGCACUCAUAUAAGAAUUGUAAAACCUACUGUAAAUGGAAACGAUUAUUGCAAUCGUAAAAAAUAUUUUUCUGUUAAUUUACAAGCUGUUGUGGACUCCUGCUCAUGCAUUACUAAUGUUUAUUGCGGAGAACCUGGUUCUCUUCACGAUGCUCGAGUUUUUAGAAGAUCAUCGCUGUAUCACUCGGCAACGGAAAAUCAAGUUCUUUUAUUUCCGAAUAAUACGUUUUUAAUAGGUGAUUCAGCAUAUUCAUCUUUAUCAUGGCUUAUUCCACCUUUCCGUGAUAACGGUCGAUUAACACGUCAACAAGUACAAUUCAAUUUUAUACAUUCCUCUACUCGAAUGGCUGUAGAAAGAGCUUUCGGUAUGCUAAAAGGUCGAUUUCGUCGAAUAAAAUUUUUUACAGAAUACCGAGAAUUAAGUUUUGUUAUUGACACAGUAAUAGCUGCUUGUAUUUUACAUAACUAUUGUAUUAAUGAAAACGAUGACUUUAACUUAGACGAAACUGAUGAUGGAUUAAAUAUAGGAAAUAUUCACGCAGAAAAUGUGGAUGGAAAUCGUUUAGAUCGAAGGAUGACAUUAUUACAAGAAUUAUUUCCUCAAAUUUAAGGCAUAUUGAUGUUCUGUUUGUUUAAUAUUAGAAAAAU